ACACCGAGUUUCCGAAGUCAUCAAAGGCACCACCUCAAUCCCUUGCCAAACCCCAAAUCCAAACACACUUCAAAACAAAAAGGAAACCAACAAAGUGAAAACAAUAAUAAUAAAAAAUUAAAAAAUAAAAAAGCAAAUACCCCCCAUUCUGCCUUGUGCUUUGGAGACUGCAAGUUCAACCUUGCUUGCAGCUCUCAAAGCUGAAAAAAUAUUUGCUGUAUUCUGCUGCAUAUUACAACCCACUACCCCAAAAACACAUGCUCGUCCAUCCCUAUAUCUUUUCAUCAUCAUCAUCACCACCAUCACCAAAACUACCACUUCAACCUUUCUAUAUAUUCCUCAACUCUCUUUCCUCACUUCCUUUCACUCUUGUUCUUCUGCUCCUUCUAGUUAGUUUUGCAAAACUUAAUCACAAACCAUUUCUCUGACUCCAUCAUCAUCAUCAACCACAACAAAAUGAUCACUUUAAUAGACUUCUACCAUGUGAUGACUGCAAUGGUGCCACUCUAUGUGGCUAUGAUAUUAGCCUAUGGUUCUGUGAAGUGGUGGAAGAUUUUCUCCCCUGAUCAAUGCUCUGGCAUAAACCGUUUUGUUGCACUCUUUGCAGUGCCUCUUCUUUCUUUCCAUUUCAUAGCCUCAAACAACCCUUACCAAAUGAACCUUAGGUUCCUAGCUGCUGACACUCUCCAAAAGAUCAUAAUUUUAGUCCUUCUUACACUGUGGAGCAAUUUGACCAAGAAGGGUUGUUUGGAAUGGACCAUAACACUGUUCUCUCUUUCCACGCUUCCAAACACCUUGGUCAUGGGCAUCCCUUUGCUCAAAGGAAUGUAUGGUGAGUUCUCAGGGAGCCUCAUGGUGCAAAUUGUGGUACUUCAGUGCAUCAUUUGGUACACUUUGAUGCUGUUUAUGUUUGAGUUUAGGGGUGCUAGAAUGUUAAUCUCUGAGCAGUUUCCUGACACUGCUGCUUCCAUUGUCUCAAUCCAUGUUGACUCUGAUGUCAUGUCAUUGGAUGGAAGACAACCUUUGGAAACUGAAGCUGAGAUCAAAGAAGAUGGUAAACUUCAUGUCACUGUUAGAAAGUCCAAUGCUUCAAGAUCAGACAUAUUCUCAAGAAGGUCUCAGGGUCUUUCUUCAACCACUCCACGGCCUUCUAACCUCACCAAUGCAGAGAUUUACUCUCUGCAAUCCUCUAGGAACCCCACACCAAGAGGCUCUAGCUUCAACCACACUGAUUUCUACUCAAUGAUGGCUGGUGGUGGUGCCCGCAACUCCAACUUUGGUGCUUCUGAUGUUUAUGGCCUUUCAGCUUCAAGAGGGCCAACUCCAAGGCCUUCUAACUAUGAUGAAGAUGGUGGUAAGCCAAAGUUUCAUUACCAUGCUGGUGGAACUGGCCACUACCCGGCACCAAACCCUGGCAUGUUCUCUCCCUCUGCAGGGUCUAAAAGUGUUGCUAAUGCUAAUAAUGCUAAUGCCAAGAGGCCUAAUGGCCAGGCUCAGCAGAAAGCUGAGGAUGGGAAUAGGGACCUUCAUAUGUUUGUUUGGAGUUCAAGUGCUUCACCAGUUUCUGAUGUGUUUGGUGGCCAUGAAUAUGGUGCCCAUGAUCAGAAAGAAGUCAAAUUGACUGUAUCUCCAGGAAAAGUGGAGAAUCACAGAGACACUCAAGAGGACUACCUAGAGAAAGAUGAGUUCAGCUUUGGGAAUAGAGGAAUGGAAAGGGAAAUGAAUCAGCAUGAAGGUGAGAAAGUUGGAGAUGGCAAGCCUAAAAACAUGCCUCCAGCAAGUGUGAUGACAAGGCUUAUAUUGAUCAUGGUGUGGAGAAAACUCAUCAGAAACCCCAACACUUACUCUAGCCUAAUUGGCCUCACUUGGUCUCUUGUUUCAUUCAAGUGGAAUGUUGAAAUGCCUGCCAUAAUCGCAAAGUCUAUUUCCAUAUUGUCAGAUGCUGGACUUGGCAUGGCCAUGUUCAGUCUUGGUCUGUUCAUGGCUUUGCAACCAAGGAUCAUAGCAUGUGGAAAUUCCAUAGCAGCUUUUGCCAUGGCUGUGAGAUUCCUUACAGGUCCAGCUGUCAUGGCAGCUGCUUCCAUUGCUGUUGGACUCAAAGGUGUUCUCCUACACGUUGCCGUUGUUCAGGCAGCUCUUCCCCAAGGAAUUGUCCCAUUUGUCUUUGCAAAGGAAUAUAAUGUACAUCCUGAUAUUCUCAGCACAGCUGUUAUUUUUGGGAUGUUGAUUGCAUUGCCCAUAACUCUAGUGUACUACAUCUUGAUGGGGUUGUGAAUGAAAGAAAUGAUGGAUGAAACAGAAGAUUCACGUGUGGCAUCCAUGCAAGCUUGGUUGAGGCUUGUUGGGCAUCACCAAAAAGUUCACAAAGCAAUAGAAAAGCAUCACGAGAAUUCAAUAGGAAGAACCCCAGGAUCAGUUUUUUUUUUCUUUUAAUUUGUAUUUUUCUUUUGAAUGAAUUGCCCUUCCUUUGGUAAAAAAAAAAAUGUAAAAUCAUGAUUGUAGCUAAUUUACAGAAUCAUUGUCUCGUUAAAUUUUAUAUUAUAAUG